CUGAACGUGUGGGCGUGUUCCCUGCACCAGCGUAAACGCCGUAAGCGCGGCGGUCAGUCACCUACUGUUGAGUUUAACCCGAUCAAAACGUGUCUCUUUGUGUUAGUAUGUUGUAAAUCCCAAUAAAGAGAAGUCAUGGACUUUUACAUAAACCUCAAGGUAAAUUUCAGGGGGAAUUCGAAGAGUUUCCUGCUGUCGGGAUCGGAGACGAAGAGCUGGGAGUCGAUGGAGGCCAUGGUGAAGCGUUCAUUUGGGCUCUGUGGCCUCCAGCUGACCUAUAUAGAUGAAGAAGAUGAAGAGGUUUCCAUCAACAGCAGAGUGGAGUAUGAAGAGGCUUUGAAAAGUGCAGCAAGACAAGGUAACCGGCUGCACAUGAACGUGUAUGAGACCCGCAGUCAGCCAGCACGCGUCUCCACCACCAAGCCAGCUGGAGCGGAACCCAAGAGGGGUUUUCGACCCCCUCAACACUGCCCAACCCUUGCUCAAGUGGUCAGCCGCAAGAUUCAGGCGACGGUACCAGAACCUGCCAUGCUGAUCAUGAAAGAUGUCAAAGGGAACAAAGAAGAAGACAAAAUACCUCCUGCCUGGUUUACGUCAUAUAUGGAAAAGUUUAAAGACCAAGUGGUGCGUGAGGCAGUGGAUAAGAUCUGCCGUGAGUUUUCUGGACAGUGCUGUAUUCACAAACCUCUGACCAGUGGAGGAGGAGGAGGUGGUGGUGGUGGUGGUGGUGGUGGUAGUGGUGGUGGUGGAAGAGGCACCGGGGGAGAGGCUCAGCAGAUACCUGAAGUGUCUUCAUCCACUUUACCUGGCGGCCCUUUCUCUUCCACACCUACUUGCUCAUCCUGUCGGGGACAAACCACUGGAGGAGGCUAUCAAUGCAGUGUAUGCACAUCCUGCAUUCUUUGUGAGUCCUGCAGCUACUCUCAUGAUCCCAGCCACAACCUGGUACGAGCCAGAACCCCUCUCUCCAUCCCAGAGCGUGGCUCACCUGCCCCUGACCACAGCAGGUUUUACCGCAGAGGGGACCGUAGUUUCCGAAAGGCAGAGAAACAGAGACUGAAAGCAGAAAAACGUCUUCUGAAAGCUGAAGUUAAGGAGAUCCGCAAACAGCUCAGAAUGGAGAGGCGGGGCAUACAGUGGAGCUCCUCCCGCGGUGAUGGCACCUCAUCUCCUGUCCUGCUGCAGCCUGGAGCCUCCCAACACAACAGUCUGGAGCGACCGAAGCGCCCGUGCCCACUGGUGGUUCCCACCAUGAGUGCUUCUUUCCUUGAUGAGAACCUUCCUGAUGGCACGCGACUACGGCCAGAGACCAAGUUUAUCAAGUACUGGAAGAUGCGCAACACAGGAACAGUUAGCUGGGGCUCUGACACCAAGCUUAAAUUUAUGUGGGGGAACCUGGCAGUCGGAUCAGAGGACCGAUGGAGAGAAGUAUCUGUCCCUUUCCUGCAACCAGGCCAGGUCGGCAUUGUGAGCGUGGCUCUUUGUGCUCCAUCUGUGGAAGGAUCCUACACUUCGCACUGGCGCCUGGCCCACUCUGGAGAGCAGUUUGGACCAAGGGUUUGGUGUAGCAUUGUCGUUGACCCCAUGGCUCCUGCUCCAAUGAUGGCCGAUGGGAUUUUGGUGUCUCCUUGCGUCACACCACAGGGUAGGAAUCAAGUGGUCAAAGAUAAAGAAGCCUGCAUCAUCUCUCAUGAGCCACCAUCAUCAUGUGUGAACCAAGAGAGUGACUUCAUCCCUUCUGUUGACUUGCUCACUGCACAGGAUCUUCUUUCUUUCGAGCUAUUGGACAUCAAUAUUGUGCAAGAGCUGGAAAGCGUUCCGAACAACGCACCUGCUGAUGUCCAACUCGGAAUACUUGUUGAUGGAAAUGCAACACCUGCACAGGAGAAAGGGGAAGAUGACGUCAGCAGAACGGAUUUUGUUUGUGAGACUGUCAGUUGCUCAACAGCAGUGAAGGAGACGCCGGAGCUUGCUACCGCAAAAAGCACUUGUCCUAGAUCAGUGUUCCCGGCCCACGCCAGUGUGAAAGGUGACAUAAAAGGUAUUCUGAACAGUAUGCCCAAGAGCCAGCUUAUUCCACUUGCUGUGCCGCGGUCUUCCCUGCCUUCCUCUUUGUCCGUUUCCUUGAGCCAGGGGGCUGGUUGCAAGUCUGUGCUGAAGUCCCUGCACGUCACCCAGAAGAUGAUCACACAUCAGGAUCAUGCAACUGAGGGAAUAUGUUUGGAUUGUCAACCGAAGAAGAGUAAGAAAGAACCCGAGCAGGAGAAGAGUGAGCUCACAAGGAGUCGCUCAUCCUCCACCUCCUCAGAAGAUUAUGUCAUCAUUCUUCCAGACUGCUUUGACACUAGUCGGCCCCUGGUAGAGUCCAUGUAUAGCUCUGCUCUGUCACAGCCUGGAGAGGUUGCUAGUAAAACAGCCUUGCACCCAGACGCGCAGCUGUCCAACUCUCUCAGAUGUAGCAUUUUGGAGGCUGAUCCUGGAGUUCAAAAUGAAGCAGUGAAGGCUUCAGGGACAGCAACAUUAGAGAAGAGCACCGCAAAUGACAUGCUUUGUACAUCUCAGACGCUAGAUGAUGAGCCACUCACGCCGGAAGUGGUUGCACCCGCUUUUGGGCUGGACACCAGCAGUUUAAACAGUGACGCCAUGUCAGCAGCUGGUGGCCAAGCUGGAGAUUGUGAUGAGAAUCCACCUACGGAUAUUGCCAACACCCAUGACACUAGCUUCGCCGACUCAAGCACAGAAGGAGGUCAGCGCUCCAGGUCUCUCAGUCCUCCUCCCCUCUAGCUCACGCGUGCAGCGCAAAAUGAUUUCCAUCUUUCAGAAUAUGACUUUUGAUGUAAUAUAUCAUUUUGGUUUGAUGUUUGCUAUUGGCUGCUCCUACAGAAGAAAGGUACAGAAGAGCUCUGUAGUUUUUAUGAAAAUAUUAUUAUAGUUGUUUUUGUUUUUUUAGUGGAUAAGUGUGUGGUACGGAUACAAAAUAACUGUUUUGAACAUAAAUUGAAUGAUGAUGCGUAGAACGUGUUUCUUUUCAUGUUGACAUCUAUUUUUCAUGUAGGAUGAUUGUCACUGGACAAGUAUUGUGUGUGAUGUGGUCAGCAAAAGAGAAGACGCUGUCUUGGGACGGCCACUGCACACCAGUCUUUGGUACUGUUGUCACAGUGCCUAUGCAUGGUCGAUAGGUGGCACUGUACCUCAAGAUUACUGUAAAUUAUGUACAACACAUAUUGUUAUCUAUGACAUGCUGCAUUCAGUGCACCUACAUUGAUACUCAUCUUCUCUCCCUGUGCCUCGUUGUUUCUUACGAGUGCAGAGCUUCGUACCUGUGUCGGCGCGAGGCGAAAUGCCGCUCUGUUUCCGCAGAAUUUACAUCGAAAGAUCAGAUCAGAAUGCAACUCCUACUGUCCAUUUGGGAGAAGUCCGGUUGAAACAGACUGGCCAACCGUCUCACUCUUAUGGACUUUAAAUGCAGCAAAGUUGCGUGUCACAGUUGUGCCACUGCGCCGCUGAAUGAAAGUGUUCAGGAUGCUCGCAGUGCUCUAAGUGUGCAUAAAUGCCUGAAUGCUUUGCAGCGAUCAUUACAAUAGAUGGAUAAAAAAAAAAGUUUCAUUUAGAUUAGUAUAAUGUCAAAGACUCAAAUAAUACACACACACAUUUGUGUGUUCAUGGACAAAUCUGAUCUAAGCUUGGCCACGUCUCCGAAAAGUCUCCUGUGAACUGAAUAAGUAGCGACUAAUGUCACAAUUGAACGUUUCUUGUGUUGUGACACAACACAAGAAACGCAACAAUGAACCAAAGUCACCAAUUUUCUUUCUGCACUGCUUUGUUCUGCUGUUUGCUUGCUGCUUAGGCGACACUUUUGGGUGUUAGUUCACUGGUGUUGUGAAUGGGGUGGUUAGAGGCAGUUCCGCUUCCAACACCGUAGUGUGGUUUAUGCGGAUUAGUAUACAUUUUUCCUUAUUACGUGGGCUUGCGUGACUCAUUUUCUCCCUUGUUCCAACUUGGUUGGAUGAAGUUCUGUUUAGUUAUGGAAAUCAUUGUGUUAUAUUUCCUGUUUCCUCCUUUUUGGGGGGCAAUA